CAGACCAUCAUGAAGGCUCGUUUGAAAGGAGCCCAAACAGGUCGUAACCUCUUGAAGAAGAAAUCUGAUGCUUUGACACUUCGAUUCAGGCAGAUCCUUAAGAAAAUUAUUGAGACUAAGAUGCUGAUGGGUGAGGUAAUGAGAGAAGCUGCCUUUUCACUUGCUGAGGCAAAGUUUACAGCAGGAGAUUUCAGUACCACUGUGAUCCAAAAUGUCAACAAAGCUCAAGUCAAGGUCAGAGCUAAAAAAGACAAUGUAGCAGGUGUAACCUUGCCAGUUUUUGAGCAUUACCAGGAAGGAGGGGACAGCUAUGAGCUGACUGGCUUGGCCAGAGGUGGAGAACAGCUGGCUAAGCUGAAGAGGAACUAUGCCAAAGCUGUGGAGCUGCUUGUGGAACUGGCCUCCUUACAGACAUCCUUUGUUACUUUGGAUGAAGCCAUUAAAUUAACAAACAGACGUGUGAAUGCAAUUGAACAUGUGAUUAUUCCCAAGAUUGAGCGUACUCUUUCUUAUAUCAUCACAGAACUGGAUGAACGAGAACGAGAGGAAUUCUACAGGUUAAAGAAGAUCCAGGAAAAGAAAAAAGUAUUGAAAGAAAAAUCUGAGAAAGAACGGGAGCUGCGGAGGGCUGCUGGUGGGGAAUAUGAACCAGCCAAUCUCUUAGCAGAAGAGAAGGAUGAAGACCUUCUCUUUGAGUAACCCAGCACAGUUGUAUAUGGAGCAGGGGACCCAGAAUACUGAAUGUCCAAUUGCAAUAUAAUUCAGGACAUGUUGCCUCAAUGAUACUUAUGUGGCUUCUCAGGUGGUGUAUAAGUCUUGAGUUGAAUGGAUUGUGGAUUUCUCCUGGGAGAUUAGAAAUCUGGCAACUUGACUGCAGCAUAGGAGGAAAAGGAGAGAUGAGUCAGGUGCUUUACUAUCGGGAAAGCCUUAUACUGUGUGUUCAGCCUGUUUCUUCACUUAGUAGGACUGACUGUCCAUAGCAGUGGUUUUUGCAGGAUGGCUCUGGAUUUGCCUAAUCCGAUUCCUCUUUAAUUGCUCCUCUUGCAAGCAGAAGAAAAUGUGAUUUAGGGAGGAAGAUGCAUGUAAUGUUCUUUACUACUGAACUAUUAAUGUCCAAGUUGCAUACCUGAAGUCAGAUGUCAGCAAAGACAACUCUAGUUUUCUAACCUGCUGAUGAAAUCCACAGUCUUCUGUGAUUUAUUUCUGUUGCACGAUUGUUACCAUUGGCCUAAAACAUCUGUGGUUUUAAUUAGAGGUUCUGCCAACUUGUGUACUGUCUGUGCUAGAAACAAGUAAAAAUUUUAAAUGUUAAAU